AUGAGCUUCUUCAUGAUUUUUUUUCUCAUUCUCCGGCUCUCUCAUGGCCACUGGCAGGUGCUGGCAUUCGCGCCCCUUCAUGUGCUGCGCAGCCAUUGCCCUGCAGCCUCCUGGUCCACCUUCACGGAAGGACGGGCUUCGAAGCCGCAGGGCGAGCACUAUCACUCACUCUUGGUUCCCGGCCGAGGCCAAGACUGGCCUCUGCUUGUGGACCCACCGCCGUCCAGUCUCACCUUUCAACAUCGGACCAGCAAGCGUGUUUCGUCUCCUGCGCUUGAACUGAGGCCUCCAACGCUGGACCACGAAAUCUCCACCACACCUCCGGAAGACCUGUGGAGGCUGCGCAGUCCGGAAUGGAGCUUUGGCUCCCCUCACGCGGCCAAGUGGCCCUAUGACGAUGUUGAGCGCAUAGCCAAAGUGGACCACAUGUGGGAAAAAGGAGUUCUCACGCAGCUCUUCCCAUCCACCAACCCAAGCCCCAAGUGCCUUCCCGAGAUGCCCGAGACAGAGCUGCACGUGAAACAGUAUUAUGACCCCACCUUCCAUAUCCGGGCACGGUGCUGGUGGACAUCAAGCCCUGGGCAUUCAUCGUCAACUGCACGGGACUAGAGCUCAGGUUGCUCACGGGUGACCACGGCAUGUGGACUUUAGCCCAGGAUCAGGCAUUGGCACCACCACCACUUUAUG